CAAAUGGGUCCAGAACAGAAUGAAAGAUGAACCGACAGGUGUUUAGUAAAUAAGAGUUUUUAUUAUAGACAACCUUAACAUAAAGAGCCGGCACAGCCGUCUGUCCAAUAACACUAGAAAAAGAAAAAGGUGGCAACAACAAAGAACACAACAGCCAAACAAAAAACUCCACACCACGAGGAGGCACUUCCAGGGGCCCACAAGCUCACCCUGUCACUAGCAGCAGCUAGCUUUACUGCUGCAGAGACCCACAAGCCCACACUAAUCACGCAAAGCAGCUACACUGCACACUGCUUCCACAACUCCACACUAUAGGAUCUCUCCCGACACCUUUGACACACAAUGUGGAAACACAAGAGAAAAACCACCCUCUCACAUUAAGUUCAUCCCCAGCUUAUAUGACCUCAGAGAGGUGGUUGCUGACUGGGCCCAGGUGGUAAAUGAGGCCAAUGAACAGCAGCUGUGUCCUGGGGAGAGAGAAGAGUGAUAGAGAGACAGGGGUGGAGCAAGAGAGAAGGACGCGGAGAGAGAACACCACAACCACACAAUAGUAGUUUCAGGAGGCCCUGCUAGGGCCGUAACACCCAACACUAGGAAUAAGACCUGAGCCAUCAGGACAGCAUCCAUGAAUAAAUCAGGAAGAUGAUACUCCAAGAUGAGCUGACAGAGUGACUCUGAAGAUGAGACCAAACAGGAGAAUCCAAAAUCAUGCAGUCUACCACUGACACACAGGCAGAGGACAAAACGAAGAAAUCUUACUAGUGUCUAGAAAAUGGCCAUCUUAAAGCACAGCACAGAGGCCCUGAGCACCAGAUCUAUAGAAGCCAACGUGACCCUGCUGCCUUUGCUCAAAAGCAGCUCAAAUUCCUGUAAAAAGCCUGAGAUGAGUGACAUCAUCUAAACUAUGAACACUCUCCAAGUCCUCCUGUUUUUGGCUCUAAUUCUUGGAUCUGCAGUGCAAGACGAGAAAGAAGUGGAGGUUGGAGAGGAUGCAACUCUUGAUUGUCAGGGUCCCCAUGAAGGCAACAUCUUAUGGGUAGCAUGGACCAAGAGUGACCUGAAAGCAGACGAUUACGUCUUUUUCUUCCGGGAAGAUCGUCUUUACAAAACAUACCAGCAUGAAUUAUUCAAAGGUCGAGUGGAGCUGGAAGACCCAAACAUGAAAAGUGGAAAAAUGUCCAUCAUUCUCCACAACAUCACCGUUAACGACGCUGGAACAUAUGAGUGCCACAUCUCAUAUGAAACAGACCACAGCCAGAGAUCUGAGAUGAAGCAGGAAACCAAGCUGAAAGUUACACCUGCAGUUCAAAGACAAGGAGCCAGGAAGGAAGGAGCAAAGAAGGAUGGAUCUGUUGGACUUAUAUCCGGUCUAUCAGUUUCCAGCCUGCUUCUCAUUGUUGCUGCUGUUGGAUAUUUGGUGUAAAGAAAACAGCAAAAGAGUCGGAACUUGGGCUGUGAUCAGGCUGAACGACAGAUGAACUGAUGGACAGAAAUUCAAUGAGUUUGAAACAUGUCCAGAACUUUCCCUGAAAGCCUUUGCACUGGGACAGGGGAAAAAAAGAAAACCCACUGACUAAAUGAUAAUGGUGAUAGUAUCUGGUGUUUUUGAGGAUCAGACGAUCACCAGUAACUCUAAAGAACCUCAGGAACAAACCAGUGUUGGAUUUUAUUCAGCAAAAGCACUGAUGAGAUUAAGUGCUUAAUCAAGCUCAACAUCACAGCUUAA